AUGUCGCAGUAUUCUGGAAAGAUCACCUUCUACGAGGGGAAGUGCUUCACCGGCAGGAAGCUGGAGGUCAGAGGCGACUGUGAUAACUUCCAGGACCGUGGCUUCAUGAACAGGGUGAACUCCAUCCGAGUGGAGAGCGGCGCCUGGAUCUGCUUCGACCACCCGGACUUUAAGGGCCAGCAGUACAUCCUGGAGCACGGAGAGUACCCAGAGUUCCAGAGGUGGAACUCCCACAACGACCACAUGGGAUCCUGCAAACCCAUCCGCAUGCACGGAGAGCACUAUCGCAUCGAGCUGUUCGAGGGCUGCAACUUCUCCGGUCAGUGCGUGGAGAUCUGCGACGACUGCCCCUUCCUGCAGAGCCGCGGCCUCGCCAAGACCUGCAUCAACUCCGUCAAGGUCUACGGAGACGGAGCCUGGGUGAUGUACGAGGAGCCCAACUUCCGUGGGCGUAUGUACAUCGUGGAGCGCGGCGACUACAACAGCCACAACGAGUGGCAGGCGCAGAACGCCAACGUGCAGUCCAUCCGCAGGGUCGUCAACUACUUCUAAGCCCCGCCCCCCGAGAGCAGCCACUGACGUCAUCGUGUACAAAA